UCUCCCAAGUCCAGGCUCGCUCGCCUCAUCCGAAGGCGACCUCCGCCUCUUAUGGACAGCCUCCCCCGGGAAUCCAGCCGCGCGUCUCCCAACCAGCGGAGCUGGCUCUUUCCCGGCCCGCUCAUUUGCGGCGUGUCCUGGGCCACGGCAGACUUCCUCGGAGCUCGGAGGGGGAAUGCCGGACUGUCCGGACAGCGGGGCCAAAGGGCCCCCCCUCCAUUCGAAAAUCUCCUUCUCCAUCCUCGACAUCUUGGAUCCGCAGAAAUUCAACAGGAAAAGCCAUUCGGCGGCUGGGAGACGGGAGAACGCGCCGCCGGCGGGGGGAGACCGAGGGAAAAGUUUGGGAAGAGUUGAACCGGAAUCCGAGCGCCGGAGGAGCGAGCUGGAGGCAGCGCAGGAUGUAAACAGCAGUGGAGAAAGUGGUGCAGCCAUCCUGCAAGCAUCAGAAGAAGAGGAGCCAGGCCAGCAGAGAAACCCCCUCACAACGGGGGGGAGAUCUGCUUCUCUCCACUCCCUCAGCUUCCCUCCCUCCUCCUCUUCUGAUCUAGAUGAACCCAGCUCCCCAAGAUUGUCCAAACGGCGCCGAGCAGAACCCAACUGUGCCAAGCCUCGGCGGGCCAGGACAGCCUUUACCUAUGAGCAACUUGUGGCUCUGGAGAACAAGUUCAGGGCAACCCGAUACCUGUCGGUGUGUGAGCGCCUCAAUUUAGCUCUGUCGCUCAGCCUGACUGAGACACAGGUCAAAAUCUGGUUUCAGAACCGAAGGACAAAGUGGAAGAAACAAAACCCUGGGAUUGAUGGCCUGGUGCAACCAGGAAACAACCAUGCUGUGACCCCAGUGGCAGGGGGCAGCAGUCCUAGCCCGCCAGGGCCCAGCUCCUUGGCCUACCAGACUUUCCCAUCUUAUGCAUCAGCCAAUCUUCUCUUUCCAGCAGCAGCCUCCCUUCCCAUCGUGGCAGGAGCGGGGGCCUUCCCUUCCUUCCUUCGCCCUGCGUAUCUCUCUCCAUUUUAUAACCCUCACCUCUAAAAGGAUCAGAACCUGGAUCAGCCUUCCUCAAUUUGAUGGCCUACAGGAAUGGCUGAGGAUGACGGGAGUAGAAGUUGAAACAACUAGAAGGGGAAGUCUGCCUCAGAUUGUGAUUUCUCUACAUCUUACCUAAGAUCAUGUCUUCUAAUACACUAUCCUGAUGAUGCAACCAUUACCUAGUUCUAGGUACUUUGAGCCUCAUGAUGGGAAAACAUUAAAAGAGGGGUCCUCAAAUCUUCCCCCACCUUUUCUUGAGAAAACACAGUUUGAGUUCAAACACAGUUUGAAUCUGUGAAAUCCUUUUGGAAGCAGAAUGACUUAAUGCAGGAGUAUGGAUUUAUUAAAAAUGGAACCAGAGCUGCUAUAUACAGUAUAGUAUUUGGUAUUUAUAUGACUGAUGAUCCCUAAUCCAUCAAGUAUGAAAGAAGACAGAGAUCUUGUGGAUUUAACAGUCAGAAAGAGGGUCACAUGCUGGUUCGCUUCCUGUAAUCUAAAGUCCUGUGAUGCUCUGAACCACUGUACCUCUGUUCCCACCUGUGUAAAAUGUGCUAGAUGCUGAAGCAGGCUGUUUUUCUAGGGGCCGAUGCUGCAUGACUUUGCUCUGACUUUGAACUCACUCCAAAAAGAAGUACAGGAUAUGUGUAAUAGUGGAAUAUGCAAAAUGUAGAUUGGAAAUGAAGAUGAUAUUUUAAUAAA